AAAAAGAAACAAGAAUUUAAGUUUAAAUUGCUAAGACCCAAUUCACCCCCCCUCUUGGGUAGCUAGCUUGGAUUACAAUUGGUAUCAGAGCGGGUUCUCUUAGAAACAGAUUUAACAAUCUAGAGUAGAUCCAUGGCUUCCCAAACUCAUUUUGUUGAAGGUCAUUCAAUCACUAGGCCACCUUAUUUUGAUGGAACAAAUUACCAAUACUGGAAAAAUAGGAUGCAGAUUUGGUUAGAAGCAAAUAGCUAUGAGAUGUGGGAUUGCAUUGCUAGAGGACCUUAUAAAGUAUUAGCUAGAGACCAGAAUAACAAACUUGUUCCUAAGGAUCCUGCAUCAUAUGAUGAAGCUAAUAGAAAAAAAUUGCAGAUAAAUGCUCAAGCUAAAAAUGCAUUGUUCUGUGCUUUACAUCCUAGUGAAUAUGAUAUAAUUAGUGCAUGUGAUUCUGCUAAGGAAAUGUGGGAUAAAUUACAAGUGGCUCAUGAAGGAACUAAUGAAGUCAAGAAAUCAAAAAUUAACAUAGUGCUUCCUGAGGAGGAUAAGGUCAAAAAGAUUCUCCAUUCCUUGACAAAAUCCUGGAGCUCAAUCAAGACAACAAUAGAAGAAGCUCAUGAUCUAAGUGCCAUGACUGUUGAGAUGCUGCAAGGGAAGCUCCUUACACAUGAAAUGGCCAUGAAAAAUUAUGAAAGUGAUGAUGAUUCUCGGAAGAAGAAAUCUGUAGCUUUCAAAAGCUCUUCCAAAGAUGAAAGUGACAGUGAUGAAGAGGAUGAUGAAGAAUUUGUAUUGCUUGCUCGAAAAUUCAAGAGAUUCCUAAGGAAAGACAGGCUGAAGAAUCAAGGACAGCAAAAGAAAAACUACAAAAGCAGUAAAGGAAAGGGAGAAAGUAGUAAAAAGGAUGAGAUUAUCUGCUACAAAUGCAAGAAGGCUAGACAUAUUAAAUCUAAGUGUCCAAACAAUGAUGAAAAAAGUCUAAAAGCCAAAAAGAAGAAGAAGGCAAUGGGAAGCUUCAAAGAGAAAUUGAAGAAAGAAAAAUGGUAUCUGGACAGUGGGUGCUCUAGACAUAUGACUGGAGACAAGUCACAAUUCUUGAACCUUAAGGCAAUGGAAGGAGGAACGGUGACAUUUGGUGACAAUGCAAAAGGCCACAUCAAAGGUAUUGGCAAAGUAGGUGAAAUUCAAACAAGGUUUGGAGAGCUACAUCUUGAAGAAAGUUCUGGAAAAGAAGAAGGCUCACAAAAACAGAAUGAUAUUCCUUGCCAAGACUUUUCAAAGACAUGGAAAUUCAAGAAAGAUCAUCCUAAAGAACAGAUCAUUGGUGACAGAGAAAAUGGGGUAACAACAAGAUCUCACUUUGAUUUUGUCAAUAAUUUUGCAUUUAUUUCUCAUAUAGAACCUAAGAAUGUCAAUGAUGCAUUAGAGGAUGAAAAUUGGUUCUUAGCAAUGCAAGAGGAGUUAAAUCAGUUUCAAAGAAGUAAAGUAUGGAAUCUUGUACCUUGUCCUAGUGAUCACCCUAUCAUAGGUACUAAAUGGGUUUUUAGAAAUAAGUUAGAUGAACAUGGUCAUGUUGUUAGAAAUAAAGCAAGACUUGUUGCUAAGGGAUAUAGUCAAGAGGAAGGUAUAGACUAUGAUGAAACAUACGCACCAGUUGCUCGAUUAGAAUCUAUACAUAUGCUAUGUGCAUUUGCAUGCCAUAUGAACAUGAAACUUUUUCAAAUGGAUGUUAAAAGUGCAUUUUUAAAUGGAUUCAUUAAGGAAGAAGUUUAUGUUGAGCAACCCCCUGGUUUUGAGGACCCCUAUUUCCCAGAUCAUGUAUUCAAAUUAUCUAAGGCUUUGUAUGGGUUAAAACAAGCUCCUAGAGCUUGGUAUGAAAGACUAAGUGGGUUCCUAAUUGAAAAAGGUUUUUCUAGAGGAAGAGUUGACACCACUCUAUUUAUAAAGCAUCAUGAAAAGGAUUUCUUAAUUUUUGAGAUGAGUAUGAUGGGAGAAUUAAAUUUCUUCCUUGGUCUGCAAAUCAAGCAGAGUAAUGAAGGGAUUUUCAUUAACCAAACCAUGUAUACCAAAGAGUUGCUGAAAAAGUUUGGGAUGGAAAAGGCUAAGCCUCAACCCACACCAAUGAGCUCAACCCUCAAACUGGACAAAGACGAGCAAGGUAAGCCUUUUGAUCAGAAACUUUUUAGAAGCAUAAUAGGUUCAUUAUUAUAUUUGACAGCUAGCAGACCUGAUAUUAUGUUCAGUGUGUGCUUGUGUGCUCGUUUUCAAUCUUGUCCUAAGGAAUCUCAUUUUACUGCAUUAAAAAGAAUCUUUAGAUAUCUUAUAGGAACACAAAACUUAGGUCUUUGGUAUCCCAAAGGAAUGAAUUUUGAUUUAAUUGGUUUCUCAGAUGCUGACUUUGCUGGUAGUAAGAUUGAUAGGAAAAGCACUAAUGGAACUUAUCAAAUUUUAGGAGGUGCCUUGGUUUCUUGGUACUCAAAGAAACAAAAUUCAGUUGCCUUGUCAACAACUGAGGCCGAGUAUAUUGCAGCUGGUAGUUGUGCAACUCAACUUUUGUGGAUGAAACAACAAUUAGAAGAUUUUGGAUGCAAACUUGAAAGUAUUCCAAUUAGAUGUGAUAACACUAGUACAAUCAAUCUAACCAGAAAUCCAAUUCAACAUUCAAGAACAAAACAUAUUGAAAUUAAAUAUCAUUUCAUUAGAGAACAUGUGAACAAUGGUGACUUAACACUUGAAUUUGUUAAAACUGAAAACCAGUUGGCUGACAUUUUUACCAAACCUUUAAAUGAAGAACAAUUUUGUUUAAUAAGACAUGGCAUAGGGAUGUAUGAUCCAACUUGCUGAACUUUAAUUAUUAAAGUCCAGUUUUAUUA